AACUUUCGUGUUAUUAACUCUCGAUAGAGCAAGGGUUAGUAGCAUUAUAGUAUGGUUGUUGUACUCGGAGCGUUACAAGUCUUAAGCCAAAAAAAUUCUGCUGCCAUCGUUUAUCGGGAGACAACGGGAUUUACAAUCGGAUCUAAAAGUCAGCCGCCCAAAGUGUACAGAUAAUGGAGUUUCUCGCCUUCUACGCUGAUUAUAAGGGGCAAGUUGCUAGGAUCAUAAUCAUUUUAUUAUGUGCGUCGUCUCUUCGUGCCCACACGUACCAACACGAUCUGGAGAACUCCGAGAAGCUGAGACCGCAAGAACAUAGCGUCCAUGAGGACAAAGCAACACUGCGUAAAGUCCUUCGUUCCUUGCUGCGUGCGGCACCGGAAUGGGUGGCGGCACAGAAGGUCCACGCACCAGCCACCGUGGACGAUGCGGACACUCUCAGGAUCCUCAGUGACCUUUCAAAUCAGGAACGCUUUAUGAAUUAUCUGAAACCGAUCGCCAUUCCGCGAUUUUCUGGCAGUGCUAAUAAUGCAAAAUUUUUGAUAUCAACAAUGGAAGGUUUAGGAUACACUGUGGAGCAGCACAAUUUCAUGGCGAGUCCACCGGCAUGGUUUGGUGGAGCUCGCAACAUGACCAAUAUCUACGCGACACUGGAUCCCAGUGCGCCGCGGCGUCUCGUUCUGGCUUGUCAUUUCGACUCCAAAUACGAUCCAUAUUAUCAGUUUAUCGGAGCCACGGAUUCCGCCGUGCCGUGUGCACAGAUAAUCGACACCGCGGCCGUUCUCCAACCGUUCCUGAAACAGCGCGAUAAGAAACUCGAUGUGACCUUACAGAUACUGUUUCUCGACGGCGAAGAGGCGUUCGGCGAGUGGAGCGCCACUGAUUCCCUGUACGGUGCCAGAAAGUUAUCGGAAAAGCUGAAAAACACUCGUAACCGUUUUGCUCCGAAUGAUGCCAGCAUGGACGAACUGGAUAGCAUGGAUUUGCUAGUUUUGUUGGAUUUGUUGGGUACAAAGGACACAACAUUGCGGAAUUUCUAUUACAAUGCUCGCGGACAGUUUGCCCGAUUGAAUGCGGCAGAGACACGGCUGACGCAAUUGAGUUUGAUAAAAACGUGGGGAAGAAAAUCGGUGUAUUUUGACGACCCAUUGCCGGCCAAGACCUGGGUGGACGACGAUUAUCGGCCGUUUGUGGAGAAGGGCGUAAGAGUAUUGCACUUAAUUUCGACACCAUUUCCCAGCGUAUGGCACAAGAACUCUGAUAACCUGGCAAACAUUCAUUAUGACACCAUUAAUGAUUUGAAUAAGAUUUUCCGUGUUUAUGUAUGCGAAUACCUACAUUGUCAAUUUAUUAAGAAAUUCUACUGAAGCAGCCUUUCGAUUGACUUUUGGUAGCUGGACUGAUUUAUAUGCGUUUUUCAACGCUACGGACUAUGAUAUUAAACAGUUGUGUUAUAUG